UUUUGGCUCUAUCAGUGCAUCUGGCACCCCUCAGAAAUGGCACUCCAUGUAUUUAUUUUUAUUGGGGUCCUUUUUGCCAAGGCAGAAGAUGAGGCCCUGAGCUGCCAAUUCCUGCAGACGCAUGUCGGCUUGAACGCCUCAGCGCAGGGUCACGAUGAGAAGCAACCCAAAAGCGAUCAUGUUCCUUCAGCAGGCAUUUGCGCAACCAAAAGCCAGCUCACUGUGAAGGAGCUUUGUCGACUUGAAUCUAUUUUUGUUUGUGCUGAUCUCGUUCUGAAUCAUCAAUUGCCUCGGAAUUGUUCGCUAGAAAGGAUAUGAAAGAUCCAAUUAUUGAAGUGAGCGCUCGCUAUGGCGAAGAUGGCUAUUGCGUUUUCGGUUCCUUUUCCGACGAUUUGAGAACGUGCGCUAUUAGCCGUAGCGCGAAGAAUCCCAGCUAUUAUGCAUCGGCGUGUCUUGGUUUCGACUGGGUGGUGGAAAACACAACAGAGGUCUGCCAUUGUGUUGCGUACGUUUGAUUCUUAUAUAUUAUAUACGCUUGUCAGUGUGCCAUUAUGCUUGUGACAACAGAGGUUUCAGCCUAUCUAUGCCGACGUCCUGAAUCAUUCAGGGGCAACACCAGUUACCCUGAACUUUUAUGAUGGGCGGACUUUGCUGAUCCGCGAUCACUCCUCUCCCCAUGAUGAUUUAUAUUGCUACACAAUGGGUUGGUACGACCUACCAUGGGAAACACGUUUUGCGGUGGUCAAGAACCUCACCUUUUUAGAAGAGUUUUCUGAAGAGACCUGCGAGAAAUUGUCCAAGACUAUUCCGAAUUACCUGAAUAUUGCUAUGUUUGACUUGCGAAACGAGACAGCAGUGAUUGAUGCGUUUCUCGUCAAUUUGGAGAUGGAUGGAGGCGGAAAAGUCCCUGAAUGGGUCGUGGGAAACAUGUAUCUUCACGCGGCUGCCAAAUGUCUCCUAGGAGGGAACCGUGGAGCAUUGUGUGAUAUUGCCAACUGUGCACAACGUGGCUGCUUUGGUGAGGACAAAACUACGCUUCUCUACACGGUGCGAGGUGAAUGCCCGUCGCCGCUGUCUGGAUAAGCUCAAAGCCGCUUUUCACAGAUCAAGCAUGAUCAUGCUCAAGUUUAGGGUACGAGGCAAGAGGAUGUUAAAAGGAUCGUGUCAUGUGGUGAGCUGGUGUAAGGGGACAUGAAGGGAGAAGGAGUAUGGCGCUAUCGUGUACAAACAAAUAUCAAUUGAACUUGAUGUCUAUGAUGGAUCCAUGAGGAAGUCUUGUCACUUUUUCCAUGAGAGAUUUGUGUUCACCUUGCUGAGUUGGUUUGGCAAUCGUCGGACCUGGUCGUGGUAAAGACACAGGAGGAUGAAGCGAUGGCCUCCGACCCAAUAGCGAUGGCCUACAACCUAGGCCAUCACUGGCCAUUGGGGAUUUGGGUGUACGUGUUUACACAUGUUUACACAGUUUACAGAGGAGCAAGGACGCUACUAGGGGCUCCUGGCCUUUCUACUAGGAGCAAGGACGCUUCUCACCGGUGAUGGCCGGCACCGCUCCGGGGGCCUGACUCACAAUGUGUUUCCAACAGGUAGUUAAAACGUCGUGAAGAAUGGGUGACUAUUUGCUUCACGAGUAAGGGGAGAUUCGCUGGUAUGUGCUUGUUGCCUGUUGCUUUUAACCGCCUUCUGCGAUUCGCUGGUGAAUGCAGGCUGAAAGGUGUCGAACCAAUGAAACUAAAGCACACUAAAACUAUAUAUAAUGUAUGUAAAAAUACUCGUUCCGAGUUUGACAAGUAGACCUGCAGCUAGAAUUACAUAAUGUAUCCCAAGGACCCUCAAGUCAACUCCUGAUUUAAAGCAGACAUGCGACCUAAUGAAACCAGUAAUUAAUCGAUGCAGUUAUCAUUCUUUAUUGUAGGUUGGAGGCCCUCGCUCUUAGGUUGGAGUUGGAGGCCAUCGUUAGUAGGUUGGAGGCCGUCUACAGACAUGAUGGACUGCCUUCUCCACUCCCCGCCAUGCUAGAUUAUUUUCGCGUCAACAUUCUGGCUCUAUCAGUGCAGCUGACAUCCUUCAGCAAUGGCACUUUACAUUUUUAUUUUAGUUGGGUUCCUCUUUGCCAAGGCAGAAGAUGAGGCGAGGAGAAAAGGAGAAGAACCCAGUGAAUCACUGGUGAUCAUGUUUUUUAUGUUCUUCAACUGUUCAAUUGAAUGAAUGUCACUGUGGUGCUAGGUGCUCCAGAGUUUGCAGUUC